CUUGCACCCAUCGGAGCCCGCUGGAUCAGUCAUGGCAUCCGCCGAAGACAUGUCCAAAUGGCUGCGUCAUCUGCUUCACAACUUGAACGCCAAGGGACAGGACACAGGAAUCAACAUGCUUAUCUCCGACGCUAUGCACUUGUGGGCUUCACUCCCUUCGGGCCAAAGGGACGGAUCCUUGUUUCACGAAUCCGAGGUGGCCUUUGGUUAUGGAAUGGGCUGGAUCGCGUCUUCUUAUAGGGGUCAGAGGAGAUUUAAGUUCACCGGACACUUGUAUGGCUACCGAUCUCAAAUAUGGCUGUUCCCUGACGCUUUCUCCGCCAUCUUUGUGGCCAUGAACGGACCAGGGAUGGAGUCUUCCCAGCGUGCCUUUGACGGCAUCAUGUACCACAUCUCCGACAUCGCUCUCCGAAAACCGGCCUGGGUUGACACGGAAACAGCCUGCUGUUGUGUCGACGACAACGAUUACGACACUGAAAAAUUCAACGAUCACAACGUCAAGAGAAAAUUAAUGGAUGAAAAAUUAAUGAAUUACAUGCUUCCGGUUGAGAAAUAUAUUGGAACAUUUGGAAAUGGGUUGAUAGGGAAUUUGAACAUAGGGCUUAAUUCGGCGGGAAUUCUUGUAGCAAAAAUCGGCCGUAAUUUUGUAGGGGAUCUAACUCCGAGUGGAGUUGAUACACGAUUACAUUUCUCGGCUUAUAGCCCUUUGAUAAACACAGAAGAAUGGUUAGGCGAAAAAACAUUUGAGUUUUCCCAACAUAUUGACAGAAAUGAUAAGGGUAAUUUCGAUAGAGUGAAAAUUUAUUUAAAGGAACAUUUGUUUUAUGAAUUCCAGAGGGGGGUAUUGUUUGAAACUUUGCUGGAGAUUGCAGAGGAGAAUGACAAAAAGCAAGCCGAUGACGCUAAAAUUCAGAUUCAAAAUGAUCAUGGUAGCAGAUCCACACAGUUUGGAAAUCCCCGUCACCAGUCACCAGAUAUGGCUGCCGAUGGAGAUAAAAAUAAACAUGAGAUACACGACGAUUCAGACAAUGAAAAUCAACGGAGUGAUAAGUCAGGUGAAGGUCACCAUAUGGCAUUGAACAUGAACGGUAAAGGGGAUGAACCCAACCUUGGUGAAGUGAAAGACAAUGAUGCUAAUCUAGCGAAUAAAAGUAAAAGCAGCUCUACCACAAAUGCUGGUGACUCCACUCCUAGGAUUGCAGUCUCUUCCAUUUUAACUUUAUUGCUUCUAAUAUUAUAUAUUAUAUCAUAA